AUGUUUCGUGGAUUCCGCAGAGCUAGGACGGCAGGGGCGCCUUCGGGUGACACCAAUGCGGGACGCGGUUCCUCAGAUCCUCCACAGCAGGGUGCAGGUUCGGGCUCGUCCAGAAACAAUGCCAAUGCGCCGGAGCCGAGAACAGAUCAGGGCGACGGCUUGGGCAGCUGGACUUUUUCCUGCGCGGAACAAGUCCGAACGUACCACUUGGACAUACAGUGGAACGGAUCUUCACAACUCAAGAUUCAUGCCGACGUUCCGCGUCCAUUUGUUUCGUACAAGGAGGUCAAAAUCCGCAUUGGCUCAGACAACUGCCGGGCGAUGGCCGGGAACAAGCUCGUCCUGAAAGCGGUAAGUACUACUUGUUGUCUUGUUCUACUUCGGGCUUUGUCCUUCACCAUUCGACUUCGUGCCCCGACGACGCUCGGCUCUUGGUAAUUUGAGGGCCCCGUCGUUACUUAAGUACUUACGUUUCAUUCCUGAUUGCAAAUAAACCCCAGGUGCUUCCAAACCAGAACGUUGGCGAAUGGGAGGAGCAGGCGGGCGCGACUGGGCUGGGGUCUGUGGAAAAUAUGACUCUGAUCUUUUCUAACGACGGAGCGCGGGUUUUGGAGUCCAGUAGCUUUCAGCGGCAGCAUGAAGGGGCACUGGGCGUGUCAGGGAUUCUGGUGGACGCGGUGACGCGGGGCAUGCGGUCCGAUUCAACACUGGACCGCACUCCGCAGCUGCAACACGCCCUGCCGCUUGCCGGCACACAGGUUCACCAGGGCAGCACAGCUCCGGGGCAACUACCCGGCCCCGAUCCUGUGCAAUCAGUGGAACACCUAACGCAGCAGAUUGAAGAGCAUCGCGACCACGUGACCGCGCUGCUGCAGGAGCACGAUCGAGAACUAGCCGCGAUGGCGGAAGAGUCACAGGCGCAGGCGGAGCAGCUGCGCGAUAUGACAGAACAGAGUCGCGCGCGGCGGUUGGGUCGAGAGCCCGCAGAACAACAGCCGUCAGCGUCGAGCCAGUUGUCGCCCGAGGAGCUGGCGGAGCAGCGACGGGCGCAGUUUUCGCAGGUACAGUACCCAACCGUGGUGAAAAUCCGCGUGUGGGCAGGGGAUCUGAUAGAUGCCAUCGAGUUUGAGCUGUCCAACGGCGUGGUGAAACGGUACCCGCCCAACCACGUGGUGCACGGGAAUCAAGGCGGGGGACUGCAGUCUCCCGUGGUGGAGAUGCACCCCGGUGAGAGUCUAGUCAGGAUUGAGCAGCGUAGUACGGGACCUACUUUAGACUACGUGACUUUCAUCACCAGUGAAAACCGCUCCUUCAGUUUCGGCAACCCGAAUCACGGGCUCCCGCGAAACGACCUGACGGCGCCCGUACUGGAGAAUCCGGACAGGUUUCACGCCUGGUUUCGGGCGACGAACAUUGGGGCGCAGCUAGCGCUGGAGCGGGUGGUUCGCCGGAACGGGGGGCUGCAAGCCAAUAUCUUUGGCCUCUCUCGGGAGGCAGGCUUCUGCGAGCCAAUUCUUGACAUCAACCCGUUGCCGCACCGGGAUGUGCCGGGGUUUUUGCUGGAGGACGCGGAGCAGUUCCAGCAGCUGACCCGCCUAGGCGCCGCCUCUCAGACGCCGGCAGACGCGUCCCAGCUUGCUGUGAGUCACUUGUGGCAGGACGCCACGUCCAUCAUGCCGCACGACCCGGAGAGCAACCAGAUUCGGUUGCGCGUGCGCAACGCGGUUCGCGACGCUCCCUUGCGGGCAUACAACGGGAUGCAUGACGUUUACACGAUCAACCCGGAGAGCCUGGAGAUUGAGCCGAAUUUCGAACUUCUACACACCUCCCAGCGGGCCGCGGAGGAGGACUAUAAUUCGGAUUCGGAAAUAGACCCACCGCUGCCGGACGAGAGCAGCACUAGCAACUCUCCGGGUGUGGUCCGCCGCCCUGGAGGCACCAAUCGGCGUCGCGCGCGGGCGGAGAGGGCGGCGCGCCGGAGGCGGGGGCAGCGCCCCCGGGGCAUGGUAGAGAACUUCUUUGCGAACCUGUUUGGCCGCGCGUUCGGAGGUGCCAGCCGUAGUACGGGGGCGGAGGACGAGGAUAGCGAUCGUGAGUUUGGCUACAGUUCCUCCUACUCAGACAAUUCCUCGGACACGAGCUCCGUGGUCUCGAGCGCCGACUCGGGCGACAGUGAGCUGAACUCGCGAUUUUUGGACUUGCCGAACGAACUGCCCGACGAGAUGCAGAUCCGUUUGAUGGACAUGAGUUCGUGCCCGAUCUGUUUCGAAGACUUCAGCAACGACGUCGAGAAGUGCGUGACCUCGGAGUGCGGACACGCGUACUGCCGGGCGUGCGCGUUGAACAUCUGCUCGAUGGAGGCGCCGCGGUACACUGGAAAGUGCGCCGUGUGCCGCAAAAACUUCUCCCUCCGAAACAUGUUUUGCGUGACCACGAAGAAGGACGGUUCGUCGAUGGCUCUAGUUCGGUGCUUUGAGCAGCUUGCGCUACCAGACGUGGAAUCCCGGACGAACCGACGAGAUCACCGGCGCGAGCCCGUUGACGACGCCGAGUACCUUUCGCUGGAACUUACCGACCGGGCAACGCAGGUGCUGCGGGAGCGGGAGCGCCGGGCCCAAGGAAUUGCGUCGUCCGAUGAAGAGUCGGAUCUUGAUUUUUUGAUUGGUCGUGGCGACCACUCGGAUUCCAGUGAAGGUGGCGCGCGCCGGCAGGGCCGGAGAGGGAGUACGAGUAGACGAGUGAGUUCGACAGCCCCGGUGAAUCGUGCUCCAGGUGUCCUGGGGACUAUUCAACGCUUGGCAGUAGACACUUUGGGUGCAGAUUCCGGCGGAGCUGCGGCCUCGGAGCCGCAGAAUAGUGAGCAAAGCCCUGCUGCCCGUCGUGCCACCUCCAGCACAGCUGCGCCGAACCAGCGAUACCCGCGACAUCCGCUUCAGGGACACACGAGCCGGACUCGGCGUGCAUCAACGAAUGCAAACUAUGAGCACGUCGAUUGAAAACAGUUAGCUAUGACGUUUGUUGACAAGCUCUCUUUUUUGUAUUAAGUGUUCGGGACGCGGACGACUCAUGUUCAUCUUAAUUGGUC